CUCCCAUUCCCUCAACCCAACUCGGAGAAGAGAGCUUUCCUCUCCUCUUAAUUACAUUCACCAUGGCCUCCAAGCUCCUCCUCCCCUUCCUCCUCCUCCUCGCCCUUGUUGCCGGCUCCCAUGCAGGCAGCAUCGCCGUCUACUGGGGCCAGUAUACCGCCGAGGGGAGCCUCGCCUCCGCCUGCGCCACCGGCCUCUACUCCUACGUCAACAUCGCCUUCCUCACCACCUUCGGCAACGGCCAGACCCCCGUCCUCAACCUCGCCGGCCACUGCGACCCCUCCGCCGGCACCUGCAAAGGCCUCUCCUCCGACAUCAAGUCCUGCCAGUCCCGAGGCGUCAAGGUCCUCCUCUCCCUCGGCGGCGCCUCCGGCAGCUACUCCCUCUCCUCCGCCGCGGACGCCCAGAGCGUCGCCAACUACCUCUGGAACAACUUCCUCGGCGGCAGCUCAUCCUCUCGCCCCCUCGGCGCCGCCGUCCUCGACGGCAUCGACUUCGACAUCGAGGCCACCAACGGCGCCCACUUCGACGACCUCGCCAGGGACCUGUCGCAGUUCAGCA